UUUUUACAGAAAUCAUUUUGACGAAAGACAAAUAAUUCAGGGUUUCCCGUUUUUAUGGCGCUGUGAUCACUCCUGUGUUCGUGUCGGGUUUCUUGGUGAAAUGAAGCUAAGAUUGGAGAUUCUCGCCGUUUUGGCGACGCUCGACUGGGUCCGAGUUGAAGCUGGUGCCGCGUUGGAGCCAUUGCAGGAAAUCUCCGAUCACAAAGACUUCAAGAAGAUCCUGAGAACCAAAACCAAUGUCCUGUUGCUGUUUGUGGAGUCGACGCGAAGUGCGAAACCCCUGAUCUCCAUUUGUCAAGACGUGGCGUCGAAGGUCAAAGGCUCUGGCAGCAUUUUUCUCGUCAACUGUGGAGGGGAUGGAAAGAAGUUGUGUAAGAAGCACAAAGUGGACCCGAGUCCAACCAUAAUGAAGCACUACAAGGAUGGCGAUUUCCACAAAGAUUACGAUCGAAAGGAAAAUGUCCAAUCUCUGACAAACUUCCUGAGAGACCCGACCGGUGACAUCCCAUGGGAAGAAGAUACUGCUGCUGAAGACGUCGUUCACGUGACGGAUCCCUUGAAUCUGAGUAAGCUGAUGAAGCCAGGGUCCAAGCCAAUGAUGUUGAUGGCUUACGCACCUUGGUGCAAGUUUUGCAAGAUAAUGAAGCCUGAUUACGCGGCUGCGGCGACGGAGUUGAAGGGAUUUGCCGUUUUGGCCGCGAUUGACGUCACGCGUCCAGAAACUUCGAUUGUUUCCAAGUUUUUGAACGUCACCGGGUUUCCAACUCUUUUCUAUUUCGAGAAUGGAGAAGUGAAGCAGAGGUACGAAGGCGAGAACAAAAAGGACGACAUCGUGAGUUUCAUGCGGAACCCCGUCGCCCCGCCGCCGAAGCCAGUGGAGAAGCCGUGGGCAGAGGAAACAGAACACGUGAUUCACUUGACGGAGGCGGACUUUGACGUCGAACUCGCCAAACACCGGUCUGCCCUAGUGUUAUUCUAUGCCCCGUGGUGCGGACACUGCAAACGGAUCAAGCCGGAAUGGGAGACGGCUGCCGGAGAGCUGAAGACGGCCGGCGUGGACGGCAUUUUAGCCGCCGUCGACGUUACCAAGCACAAGAGUCUCGGGGAACGGUUCGGAGUGACUGGGUACCCCACGUUGAAGUAUUUUUCUUUGGGAGAACUGCAGUUUGAUGCUGGUGACGUUCCGAAUUCCCGCAAGUCGGAGGGUAUUGUGGAGUUCAUGAAAGAUCCGAAAGAACCCCCCUUGCCGCCGCCACCGGAACUGCCGUGGAGUGAGUCGGGAGGCGACGUCGUGCACUUGACGGAGGAAACCUUCCGGACGUUUCUGCGAAAGAAGAAGCACGUCAUUCUCAUGUUCUACGCUCCAUGGUGUGGGCAUUGUAAAGCAACGAAGCCGAGUUUCGAAGAAGCUGCUACGCAUUUUGCUGAGAAUCCCAAGGUUGCUUUCGCAGCAGUGGAUUGCACUGAACAGGGAAAGUUGUGUAGUCAACAGGGUGUCACCGGUUACCCGACGCUCAAGUAUUUCAGCUACUUCGACAAGGAGCAGCAGAAUUAUCGCGAAGGACGAGAUACGAAGAGCUUCAUCGCAUUUAUGGAAGGUCUUCUGGGAAUCCGACCUGCUGCUGGUCAGGCGAAAAAGGAAGAUAAAGACAAAUUCGAAUGGAAAUCAGUUCCUGGAGGCGAGCAUGUGAAAGUGUUGAGCCAAGACAACUUCGAGGAGUCGUUGAAGUCUUCCGAAGGAACUUUGGUCAUGUAUUUCGCUCCAUGGUGCGGACAUUGCAAAGCCAUGAAGUCGGACUACGCGGCAGCGGCAGCAGCUCUUCACGCCGCCGGCAACAAGAAAACCUUUUUGGCCUCCGUGGACUGCACCCAAGAGCAAGACCUGAUGAAGAAGGCCAACGUCCAGGGUUUCCCGACAUUAAAGUUCUACAAGGGCUCGGAGCUGGCAUUCGAGUACGACGGCGGCAGGUCCAAAGAAGACUUGCUGGCCUUUGCACUGGACCCGAAACCGCAACAACGUCGGCCUGCCGUGGCGGAUCAGCCGCCGGCGAAUAUUGGCUUUGAUUGGGCGUCUCUCCCUGGCGGCUCUGAAGUAUUGGUGCUGACGAAAGAGAACUUUGGAGACGCCUUGCAGAGCGUUGAUGCGGCCUUGGUCAUGUUCUAUGCUCCAUGGUGCGGACAUUGCAAGGCUAUGAAAGAAGCGUUCGCCCUGGCUGCGGCGGAAGUGAAAACUGGCUCAAAAAGCGGUGAAAAGCUGGCCAUGGCAGCGGUGGAUUGCACUGUCGAUCGGGAUUUGGCACAAACUUACGGCAUUCGAGGCUUCCCCACGCUCAAGCUCUUCAAGAAGGGAAAAUUCGCGUCAGAUUACAGUGGCUCUCGGUCCAAAGACGCCCUGGCAUCGUUUCUGCUCAACCCUGCAGAGUUUCAGAGGAAGCAAGACGAGGAGGACGAACGGAGAGCCAAGGAGAACGAGUUUGACUGGAAAAAGAUCCCCGGGGGAGAAAAUGUGCUCGUGUUGAACAAGGAUAACUUUGUCGAGAGUUUGGAGCCGGUCGAAGCUGCUCUGGUCAUGUACUAUGCUCCUUGGUGUGGUCACUGCAAGUCCAUGAAGAACGACUACGCAUUAGCAGCAGAGUCCAUCAAAAAAGACGGCAUUGACACUUUCCGAUUCGCAGCCGUGGAUUGCACGGUUGAGACGGCAUUGGCAGAGUCCGCAGGCGUCAGAAGCUUCCCUACCUUGAAGUAUUAUUCCAAGGGCAAGUUCGUGUCGGAUUAUCGUCGGGGCAGGAAGCGAGACGACCUCGUUUCAUUUUCGAAAUCUCCUCCGAGUCCGGAUAGUAAUCAGGAAGACUUUUGGAAAAACGUGCCUGGAGAGGCUCAGGUGCUGAAGCUCAACGGAGAAGGGUUUCAUACUGAGUUGAAGAAGCACGAAGGUGCCCUUGUGAUGUUCUAUUCGCCUGGCUGCAGAAGGUGUGAAGACGCGAAAGCAGCGUUUGCCGGCGCAGCCAAGGACCUCAAGUCCAACGAGAUUGACAGGUUCGUGAUGGCGUCCGUCGACACCGAAGUGGACGGCCAGCUGGCCCAGCUUCUGCAACUCGCUGGAAAACCGCCGAGUUUCCUCUAUUUCCAUCACGGGGAGCACUUGGAGGACUAUCGUGGGGAUCACGAGAGGAAGAAGUUUGUGUCCUUUGCCCUGUCCAAAGUCGGCGACAAGGCCAACAGUGACGGGGCUGACGUUGAAGAGUUGGACUGGCCCGCGUUCCCUGGCGGCUCGAACGUCAAGGUGCUGACGGGGGAUAAUUUUGAGAAGGAGUUGAAGGCAUUGGACGUUGCCCUGGUCUUGUUCAAGGCGCCAGGCUGCAGACACUGCAGAGCCAUGCAACGCGAUUACGCCUUCGCUGCUCAAACCGUGAGCGAGCAGAACAUUCCUCGAAUCGCGCUGGCAGCAGUGGAUGCCUCGCUACACCCAAAGGUGGCGGAUUCCUUCGGGGUAGAGGGUUUCCCCGCCCUCAAGAUAUUCCACGGGGGCGUCUUUGUGGACGACUACCAUGGCGACAGGACGUACGAACACCUGGUCCGGCUGCUCAUUGAAGAGACUGGGAAGGUGAAGCGGGGCAAGGAGGAGCUGUGAUUUACAGGGAAAAAGGAAAGAAGAGAAAGCUUGCGUUUUAUGCGGGGAGCUUUGUUGUUUUUUGGGGCGUGUGUGACUGACCUGUGAGUGACCAUCGAACUUGAUGUGGCUGACUUUUUUUUUCAUACAAAAUUAUGUUUUGGUUUCACGUUGUGAGCCUGAGACACUUUGUGACUGAUCCAGCUUAGAGAUGGUGGGCGGGUAUUGAUUAAUUGAUUGAUGCUCAUCAGUUGGAGUGAAAUGGCUGAGUUUUCCAUCUCCUUUUAUUUUGUAUAGGGAGGCUCAAACAGAAUAGCUUCACUGUUGCUGAAUUUUGAGUUUGACUGUACAUCCUCUGUGUCACAUUUGCUCCUGUGAUGCUGGCAUUUCAUCUCUUUGAGUAUAGGAGUCACUGAUAUUAGUGUACCUCCUUGUCAUCAAGUCUUGGUUUGAUUUUUGUGAAGUUUUUACUUGUGGUAUUGCUGUUGAUGAAUGAGGAAACCGCUUUGACUGUGCAGUGGAUCCUCAGUUAAGAAACUGAAUUGGUUCCAGACAAAAGCUUGUUGAUCAAAGUGAUAUGUUUUUGACAUUCAAAAUACAAUUGAAAAUUUUAUGAAAAAUGUUUUGACAAAUGAUCAAAUCAGUAUUAGUAAGGGUAACAUCUCCUGUGUGUUUACAGAUGUAGGGUUGAAUUGAAGUAUGACUAAUGAAAACAACACUCAGAAAGCUUUGCAUUGAGGAAAAUGUCAACAUGUGAGUGGGAUAACUGUCACCAGAAGAUGAAAUUUUAAUUUUAAAAUUAUGUAACUAAAAAACAAAUUCAACCGUUGGAACAGCGGAAAAAGAAAACAAGGAAAAUCUGUUCAAAAGUGCCUUUGUCUAUGGCUUCUUACAGCUCGAUAUUGUUUGUUCAAUUGAUUCUGCUCAAGAAAUUGAUUGUCCAUGGCACACCCUCAUUCACUCACUUGAUGUUGAACAAACUUGAGGAAUGUGUAAGCCUUUGGUCUGCCUGAGAAUUUUUUGCAUGAUUUGUCUAUUGGAACUACAAUUAUAUUGUACCUUACAGUGGCAUGUCAUAAUCGAAUUUUGAGUUCAUAUGUUGGAACAAAAAUUUGUUGAUCGAAUUGUGGUUUGUUGACCAAUGUAUUUUUCUUUGAGGACAAAAGUUGUUUAACUGAGGGUUCACUGUACAAUACAUACAUAGUGUCACAGUUUCUCCCAUGAUGCCAGCAUUUCAGCUCCUUCUAUCAAGUAUUCGUUUGCUUCAUAUAAAAUUUGCAUUCACUUUGGUUACAUGCUCAGUUAUGCUUAUUUUUAUUUAUCUAAGUUCCAGCAAUCCAAAAAACUUGAAAUUUCUAAAUUCCAAGAUGAAGCUAGAAACAUUCUGAUGAGAGUAUCACAUGUUUCAUAACUCCUGCGUUUAUGCUAAAUCUUGUAAACAUGAAGAUGAGCAUAUUUAUUUGUUGCUGAUUUUUAAUGAUGCACAAGUUGGAUCUUUUAAUUUUUGUGCCAAUUAUUUGAAAAUUCUCAUGGCCCGUGCAGAAAUUCGUGCGAGAUUUAUUGCGUGUUGAAUUUUCCUUGCAUGGAUUCGCAGAUUUGACGGUCACACUUGUUUCGGUUGGUCAUUCAUUGGUGGUCACAUGCCUCAACAACGCCCUGUUUUGUUGAUCCGCCGCGGAGGCAUUUUUUCCGAACGAGUCUUCCCCAAUUUUGUUGGCGGGCUCGUGAAUCCGCAUAACGAAUUUAAAUCAAGCGCAACGAGGGACAAAAGUGUGGUUGAUUGAUUGUUUUGUUUUGUUUUUGUU